GUUAAAUAAUGUUUUAAUAUAAAGUCUUUUACUUAAAUAUACUUUCAUACUAUAGUGAGAAAUACGUCUGAGAGUAUAGUUUCAUGCUCUUUAUAAGUAUAAAAUAAAGAUAAAGCUCGGUAUGAAGCAGGUUUCCGCCUAAUCUAGUUAGAGCUGGUCUGCGAUCUUAGUAUGAAUAGAACCUGAACCUGAACCUGAACCACCUGAAGCAGUAACUCAUGCAUACCUACUGUCCGAUUUCUAUUCCAUUCCAUCACCACAUUCUCCAGAAUGACCGGGCCGGACGAGUCGCCAUGUCGGAUCCUGGUUAUGGCCUCUGGCUUUGGCUCGAACUUCCAGGCUCUCAUAGAUGCUAUAUCUACGGGUCAGCUUCGGAAUAGCCGCAUCAUCUCCCUCAUCACGAACCGGAGAAAUGCACACGCAAUUGUUCGAGCGGAUGAAGCAGGCAUCCCUUGGGAUUACUUCAAUCUAAUCAGCAACGGGUUCUUGCGGAAGGGAGAAAUAGACGAACAGAAAAUAUCUGAAGGCCGUCAAAGAUAUGAUGCUGCAUUGGCCGCGAGGGUUCUAUCAACAGAUAAGGAAAGGCCUGAGUUGAUUAUUCUCGCUGGUUGGAUGCAUGUCUUCUCGGGUGCUUUCCUAGAACCUGUCGAGAGGGCAGGGGUGCGGAUAAUCAACAUCCAUCCGGCACUACCCGGGGAGUUCGAUGGAGCUAUGGCGAUUGAGCGAGCUUUCGAAGAAUUUAAGGCUGGGCGACUAACACGCACGGGUAUUAUGGCCCACUACGUAAUUGAUGAGGUGGACAGGGGUACUCCUAUCGUGGUUAAACAGGUUGAGUGGAAGGGAGAGGAGCUAGAAAAGUUCAAAGAGAGGAUGCAUUUCCACGAGCACGAGCUGAUCGUGAAGGCAACGGCGAAGGUGGUGCAGGAGAUAGUGGAGGGCAGGGGAACGUAAGUCCCGAGACGUCCCAAUAUCCUUGAGCUGUAGGUAUACGCCACUGCAACAACCUUCGUUAUGAAAUCAACAUGCCUCUUAUAGGAGGGCAUGGCCUGAGAUGUUGUCUGUGAGGUGGUGGUUGUGGAUGUGUAGGUACUACUGGUUUCUCGUCGUUGGGGCCCUUAUCCUUGGGCAGCACCAGAGCGGCCAAAGUGUUAUAUGUCUAACUGAGGUGUACGCAAGCUAUAAGUCCUCCCCAACGCCGUUCGACAGAUCCGUCGGCUAGGUGAUCAUUGCGUCACAAACAUUGUUGCGUGAUCACAUCGUCUGGAUCGCAGGGUGGGAAGGACCCUUUAUGAGUAGAAUCUGUCCUGGCCUUGACGAUAGCACUGAUAAGC